GGAAUUGUGAACUACAAUGGCAUUUCUCUGGGUGUUCGUUUGUGUUGCCUUAGCAGGCACAGCAUAUGGUCAAAGCUGUGGCAUUCCAGCCAUUAAACCAGUAAUCAGUGGGUACGCCAGAAUUGUGAAUGGAGAGGAAGCUGUUUCAGGGUCUUGGCCAUGGCAAGUUUCUUUACAGACCCAGAGUGGCUGGCACUUCUGUGGUGGCUCAUUGAUCAGUGACCAGUGGGUGGUCACUGCAGCCCAUUGUGGUGUAAGCACCUCUGUCCGUGUCAUCCUAGGAGAGCAUGACCGUUGUUCUUCAGAAGAAACGAUUCAGACAGUUUCUGUUUCCGCGGUUUUUCGGAACCCAGGCUAUAACUCCAAUACAAUCAAUAACGAUAUCACACUUUUAAAGCUAUCUACAAGAGUUAAUUUUACUGACCGUAUUUCCAAAGUAUGCCUGCCUGCUUCAUCUGAUAACUUCACCGGAGGCAUGUUGUGUGUGACUUCUGGAUGGGGCUUGACCAGCCCCAGUGCUUCUAAUACACCAUGCCGACUCCAACAGACUGCUCUUCCCCUGCUUACAAACACUCAGUGCAAGAGUUAUUGGGGCAGUGGCAUUACUGACAUGAUGAUCUGCGCAGGGGGAGCUGGGGCUACCUCCUGCAUGGGUGAUUCUGGAGGCCCUCUCGUCUGCCAGCAGGGAAGUGCCUGGUACCUUGUGGGUAUCGUUUCUUGGGGAAGUGGCUCAUGCCCACAGAAAACCCCUGCAGUCUACUCUCGUAUUACUGCUCUGGUCUCCUGGAUCAACCAAACUAUUGCAGCUAAUUAAACCAUAUUUGUAUGUUUUUUUUAAUUUGUUUAAACACCAUUAUUGAACUAUCACUUGUGACAUAGACAUUUAUUCAUAAGUAGACAAACGGUAUUAAAUUAACAUUAAUAAACAUUAUACUUCACAUAUUUUGCUAUAAAUAA